CACUUUCAAAGCUUCCCUGGACUAUCGGAAAGCUUGUGUGCUGAAGUAAUCAAAACAAAACAGAAAAGAUAAAAAUGGACAUACAAUUUGACAGCGAGAGCUAUUGGAACCGAUCCUCGCGAGCCGCCUUCAGCUUCGAUGACGAGGACGAGUUGGACAUCGUCAGCACAGAGCUUCCUAGCAACAAAUGGGAGAACAAUGGAAUCUUUAGCGACGAUACCAUUUCCGAGGCGAGUUUCGAAAACAGUCCCGCCCUGAAUCAUCUCUCGAUCAAAGCCAUUCUAAGUGAGGAGGCGUUAAAGCUUGUACUUCAAGAGCAAACCCUGGACGAACGCAUCAUCCCCAAGGGCGUCUCGCCGGACGAGGAGCUGAAGCUAUUGCGUCGACAGAUCCAGAGCACUCUAUACAGUCCCGAUUUGGAAGUGACGGCGCAAAAGUUACUGCAGGGAAAGACAGCUCCAUUGGAGAUGUUCAGGUCGCUGCAUGAGAAGCAGCAACUGUUGGACACGCUUCUUUGCAACGGUGGAGGCCAUGCAGUAGUCACUGUGCUGCUCUUCCUCAAGCGCACAUUGAACGCGGAGCAAUUCCACGGCAUUCUGAAGCAGCGACCCAAAGCCCUGGAGCAGUAUCUCAGCUAUUUGCGCGAAAGUGGCGACGUGAGCAGCCACAUUGAUCUGCUGCAACGUUUUGGCCGCCACCAGGAGGCAGCUCUCAAACAGUUUCAGGCGGCACUGGCCAGCGAAGACGCUGCUACGCGAAAGCAACAUCUUCAGCGCCUGAUCGAUGCGUAUGCCAAUGCGGGUGUGGGCAUUAUUCCACUGUACGAGCAAGUUUUUCACGCAUCACUGAAGAUGCAACUUUUAAUGGAAAAGGAGGGUUCGGCUGGCAAGCAGCUGGGCAAUCAGCCCACGCCCAUCGAGCUGCUCUACGUGUGCUGUCAGCAGAAUAACAAUUGGAAGGAACAGGACAUGCUGAAGCCCAUUUCCCCGCAACGCUUUGCCGCCGACCAACAAAUCUCGCCGGCCCAAUACGAAUGGACCGCCCUGAACGAACGAGCCCAGGCCCAGGCGUACGCCGACUUGGAGUGCAUCUUCGAGCGUGUGCCCACCUGGCAUCCCCUGAAGUCCAAACAGUUUCACAUUAGUUUUGACCUGACGCUGGCCGUGGUGCGUCUGUAUGAACUGCACGCCCCGUCCACAGUGCUACAGCUGUUCCUCUCCAAAAUGGGCAAUAGCGGCGAAAAAUUAGCCCUGGCGCAGAAGGUGAAAUGCAUCAAGGCCGUGAUAGAUGCCAUGGCGGGGCUUAAGCAGCAGCAGGAACUGAAGCAGCUCAGGGAGACGCUGCCGGAACGCUCCGAGGAGCAGUUCUACUGUGAGAAUGCACUGAAGACGCUGCAGAGCAAGCGCUGGACCACAGACAACAUAAAGCUCAAGCUGUGAAAGGGAUUUCUCCCUAUUCCUUUGACUUGUAUAUAAACGUAUUUUUUAUUGUUAAUCAUAUAUAUGU